AUGGGCAUCGCGACGUUGGACCUGCGUCCGGGGGUGGGCCUGGGGCCAUUCUCGCUCGGCAUGGCGGUGUGCGAGGCGCUCGCGGAGGUGGAGGCGCAGCUGGGCGUGUUCGACAGCAUCGUUGUCAACUACUCCCACCAGGAGCCUCUAUCGCUGGACAUAGUCAUCGCAUUCCCCCACCUCGGCUUCCGCCUCUGCUUCGACCCUCACGUGCAGCGACUGCACCGCAUAGACGUGGCGGACAUCUCCCGCCUGCACCUGCGAUUCGGAGCCUCGCUGCUCGGAGGCCCCAUGCAGGCGCCCACCUUCGCGCACGUGUAUUCAGUGCUCGGCCCCACCUUCCCCGGCGCCUACACCGCUCGAUCCGCCUGCUACACCCUCGCCUACCCGGGCAUGGCGCUGCUCUUCCCCAUCCCCGCCCCUCACCAACAUUUCUUUCAACAGCCCACACACGGUCAGUGCCUGCCCUGCUCCCCCUGCCCACCCAUGCCCCUUCCAUUAUCAUUCCCCCGCCCCCCUCUGCCUUGCUUCUUCCCCUUCAUUCCCAUUCCCCCGUCCGCGCCUCUUCCCUGCUCCUCCCCUUCCGUCCCAUUCCCCCGUCCGCGCCUCUUCCCUGCUCCUCCCCUUCCGUCCCCCUCCCUGCUCCUCCCCUUCCGUCCCCCUCCCUGCUCCCUGCUCUGUCUCAACGCUCUGCUGCGCCUGUUCUCUCUCUCCGCAUGCUGCCCUAUCAUUCCGCCCUCCUCCCUCCUCCCGUUCUCGCUCCUUCCUCCCCCUUUCUCCCCCAGACCUCCCCAUGCAGCUGCCAUACGGCUCAGCGCCACGCCUCUCACGAGUGCUGCUGCACCUGCCUGGGGAGCCCGCUUUCCACUCUUGCCUCUCCCCUCCUCUCUCUUCCCACCACUUCCCUCCCCCUCCCCCCCAGACCUCCCCCUGCAGCUGCCAGACGGCUCAGCGCCCCGCCUCUCCCGAGUGCUGCUGCACCUGCCGGGGGAACCGGCUCUGCCCGCGCAGGGGGCGGGGGGAACAGGGGGUGUGGGGGGAGCAGGAGCCGCAGGGAGUGCAGGGGGCGAAGGGGGCACAGGGGGGGCAGUGGAGAGCGGGGAGGGGGAGGGGUUGCGGCGGGCAGCAGAGCGGUUUGCGUCGCUGCCACUGGUGAUGGCGAACGGGGCCGUGUACAUGGAGGCACUGUUGGUGCAGCUGGGAGAGGCGGUGCUGUUCUCACAGGGCGGGCAGCGCAUUGCCUUUGGGGACUCCGCUCAGGAUGUGUGGUCGGAGCUGGGGCGCCCCUGCUUCAUGGGAGCCAAGCAGGACUCCGCCAAGGCCAUUCACUCCGCGCUCGCCCCUCCCCUCUCCUCCUCCCCCUCCUCUCCCCUCGCUGUCGCCUCCUCGCCCGCUCACUCCCCAUCCUCCGGCCCCCCGGACUACAUCUGGAGCUACUACACCCGCGGGCUCGAUAUUAUCUUCAGCGGUCAGAGCUACGAGGUGCGCAAACUGGUGCUGCACACCAACCUGCCGGGCCAGCCGGAUUUCAACGACUAUGUCAAAUGCAACUUCCGCAUCCCCGCGCCCCACGCACCCUCGGAUGCACGUGCAGGGACGGACCCAUCGCUCUGUGUAACACCUGACUCCAAGUGGGAUCAUGUGCAGAAGCUUUUUGGAGGAGGUGGACGGGCGGCCAUACAGACAGCAGGAGCCUUGCACAGGGCGUUUGGGCCCACCUUUGUGUACGGCUUCCGCCACUUGGCAUUUGAGAUAACUUAUCUCCCCGCAAUUCGCCCCUAUUUUCCCCGCAUUCUCCGCCGUCCCCUUCCCCGCGCAGCGUACUCCACGGGCUGCGACCCGGCGACGGCGCCGCUGAAGCCGGCGGGGAAGAACAGCAUCUUCCGGUUCGCGAGCGUGAACUACAACGCGGGCACGCGCAAGUGGGGCCUCGCCACGAGCGCCAACUGGACCAAUUAUCGCACGUCCACCCUCGGCCGAGUCCGCGACCAGGGCUCUUGCGGCAGCAGCUGGGCAAUGGCGGCGGUGACGGCGGUCGAGCUCGCAUACGCCGUGUCGCGCAACGCGUCGGACUAUAUGCAGGCGCCGCGGUACCUGUCGACGCAGCAGGUGCUGAGCUGCGGCGACAGCAAAACGGGCAACUGCACGGGCGGCUGGCCGACGACCGCGCUGGACUAUGUUGUGAAGACGACGGGGAAAUACGGGGGCAUGGUGACGGAGGGUAAUUACCCCUACACCGGGAACACGACGUGCACAUAUGGCACCAAGGGCGACGACGAUAGCGGCGGCGAUAAGAAGAAACCGUCGUCGUGCGACACGUCCAAGGUGAAGAAGAAGGCGACGGCCAUCGGCAUCCGGUCGUACGAGAGCAUCGACUACUACGGCUGGCUCGGGCUCAUUCUCGCCGUGCAGGUGCGCGCGACAAGGGAGGGGAACGGGGGGGAUGUUGCCGUGCAGGUGCGUGCAAAUUAG